UGUAGUCCUAUUUUUUUUCUUCAUCCCUGUUUCUCUCUGGAUUAAUCGCGUUGUCGUCUCGGUUAGAUCCUCCACCCUACGGACCCGGAUCCUCCGUCCCCAGUUCUCUCUCUCCCACCGGGCGAUCAUCCUUAAUUCCUGACUUGGGCGUUCGCAAUACCCUUGGCCCCCUAAUAUUCAGAUCCCUUAGGAAAACCACUUGAACAAGAUUCAUUGCGCGGGUGAGUGACUUGGCCAGGAGGCCCCCCGAUCGAUACUUCAGCACCUCGCGUCUGCUGAAUACCGGUGCAAGUCUCUCGCUACGUCUUGGCCCAUCCUCGAACGCUUAAAGCGGCCUGUUGUCUUCCCACUCCAGUCGCGCUCCACGCCACGUUUCGCCCACCACAUUUUCGCCAUCGCGAGCGAUUAUUUUGAAGUCCCCCAUUCGUGGUGACUUCGUCGCUCAGCAAUGAUGAUGACGCAGCCGUUUCCUGCCCACCAAGGCAUGCCUCAACAUGGGUUUCCCCCGGUCACCCAAUGGCUGCGCAACACCCAAAUGGACACCCCGGUGCUGGAAUGGUACAGCAAAUGCAUCCUGGUGUGUCUGCACCGGGAGGACCUCAAGUCAGCCAAGCGGGCCCGAUGAUGGGCGGCAUGCCCCCGGGCGCUGGAACAGCUGGUCCUGGUGGCCCCGGCCCAAAUGCUCAUGCCCUCUCCCACCUGAAUCCCGCGCAGGCGCAUAUGCUUCAGAAUCCCCAAUUCCAACAAAAUUUCGCGAACAAUCCCCAUCUAUUACACCAGCACCAACAACAGCAACAGCAACAAUUAAUGCGGCAACGAAUGAUGCUCCAACACCAGCAGCAACAGCAGCAGCAACAGCAACAGCAGCAACAGCAGCACCAGCAACAGCAACAACAACAGCAGCAGCAACAACAACAACAGCAACAACAGCAGCAGCAGCAGCAACAGCAGCAAGGUCUCCCCGUAUCAAUGCCUAAUGGUACACAAGGACUUAGUGCUGCUCAAAUGGCUGCAAUGCAAGCGAACCCUGGAAUGCGACCCGUCAACAUGAUGCACCUUCAGCAGCAAAUGCCACAUGGCCAGCCGCCAAGUCUCCAACAGCAGCAGCAAUUUUUCGCUAUCCAGCAGGCUCAGCAGCAGGCUCAACAGGCUCAACAGGCUCAGCAGGCUCAGCAGGCUCAGCAGGCUCAACAUGCUCAACAACAGGCAAAUAAUGGACAAUCAGGCCAGCAUACCCCGCAGCGUGCAUCAGCACAACCGCCGAAUAUGCAUGAACAGAGUGCCACUCCACAGUCGCAGCAUGGCGGACCAGGAGGCGGCACCCCGCAACCCUCUCAGACCUCUCAGCCGCCAUCCACUCAACCCCCGCAAUCACAGGGGCCGCCUCAAGGCCAGGCAACUCCUAAUCCCCCAUCGCAGCAAUUGCCGCAGUCCCAACAGCCGGGUCAACAGGGACAGGGUGGUCCGCAGCCGCAACCUCCCCAGAGCGCCCAGGGCCAGCAGCCGGGUCUUCAGAAUCAGCAAAUGACGGCUCAGGAGGCUCAGAUGAAAGCACAACAGCAUCAGAAUGCUCUUAUGAUGCAGCAACAACAGCAACAGCAAAGGAAGAAUAACGCCAUAUUGACCAUUCAUGCCUACGCCGAGCAUCUGGGAAACUUCCAACCCCGCAAUGAAACACAGGAUCUUCUAUAUUGGCAAGCGUUUGUCGAUCGGUUCUACUCCCCUGUAGGUGUGUUGCGGCAGGGUGUUUGGAACAACACGAUUGGAUCUAAACAAUUCGAAAUUGGGACUCCCGCAUUGGCACGUUAUUAUUUGACCCAAUUUACCAGCGGGAUUAGUCAAAUUCAGAUGGUGAUAGAAGGUGCUCGCGAGCGGGAAUCUCACAAUGGAGGGCAUUACGUGGAAGCCCCGAAAUGUUCAUUCAUUUAUUGGUUCAAGAACGAGUGCCAGCUUUUCACUAACGGCACACUACGCGCGCACUUCGAUAUGCACAACAAGCUUGAGAUGCUCGAUGUUAAUGUCGUCAGCCACAACGAGUUCAUUCCGCGGUCUUUGUUGUUGGCCAUGGAGGCGGAUUCCCAAAAGCAAAGUCCGAAGGUCGCGAAGAACUCAAAACGUGCCCAGCCUAAGCAAGCAGCAUCAUUAUUGCCAGAUUCCAACGUGACUGCCAACGGCGUGCCUACUCCAGUCAUGGGAUUCAUGGAAGUGGCUGAAACCAUUUCUGCGAUGCAGAUGCUGUUCCAAUUUUCGCAGGCAAAUCCACAGCUAUCACCUCCUGACGCUUUGCGGAAUCUCGUCAACACCCUCCAAUCGCAAAAUCCCAAUCCAGGCUUUGUGUCAACUCCCAUGCCCAUGAACCAGGGCAUGAAUCCAGCCAUGAACCCAGGUAUGAAUCAGGGUAUGAAUCCAAACAUGAAUCCGGGCAUGAAUCAGGGUAUGAGUCCGGGCAUGAGUCCCGGUAUGAACCCAGGCAUAAGUCCGAGCAUGAACCCAGCCAUGAACCCUAUGAAUUCGGGCAUGAAUCCGGGCAUGCACCCAGGCAUGAGUCCGGGCAUGAAUCCAGCCAUGCACCCAGGCAUGAAUCCCGGUAUGAACCCAGGCAUGAAUCCGGGCAUGCAACCCAUGCAAAAUGUUCGGGGACAUAGCAUGGGCGCUCCGUCACAGUUUGCCUCGCCUGCCAUGGCCCAUCUUGGCCUUCCCGGGCAGCAAGGCUCGCCUCAUCUGACUGGUUCAGCACAUGCGAGCCCAGCCCAAAGCAACCUUGCCGGUCCCCCAGGAAUGCAACCACCGAUGCAGCCGUCCCCAGCCGGCGUGAACAACAGUCCAAAUGUAGGUGGCAACAAACGUCGCCGGGCAAGCACCGUCAAAAUGGAAUCCGAGGACGGUGGUGGAGUCGAAGCUAACGGCGCUCCGCAACAGGGCUCAGCGAAAGUAAAGGCUAGCCCUCGGGUGCCGAAGCGACAAAAGGGUGCCGCCGCCUAAUCAUAUUGGGAUUUUGGUUUGCUUUCCCUUGCUUUCAUUAUCUCCGCCGUCUCAAGCGGUGCGGAACCGGCGUACGACUGGAUACCUGGGCGAGGCAUGUCGCGCCCGCUCUUGUUUGUUUACUCUUCAUCUAGGUCUUUCGUCCCAUUGAAAGAUCUGUAUCUUGCUUUUUGGCACAUGACGACUCAAUUCACAAUCGACGGGAUUUAAUCAGUGCUUGAGGCCCCCUUCCCAUCUUCCUUGGCUUGGAAGAGGCGUCAGGCCUCAUCGAUCCUGCUCAACUCCGACCUAAUGUACUCUAUCUUCCCUUCAGCGUUUCCUUGGUUGGCUUGGGAACAUUACCCGGCCUUGCAUGUUUUCUAUCUUUUUCUCGUACGGUUGUCAUUUUGAUCCUUUUGCCAUCCAUGUCUGGGAUUUUUUGGAUUGGUCUUUGUUUAGGCUUUUGCCCAAUGCUCGCUUUUUCCUUGGCAGUCUGUUCAUUUUUUCUCCUCGUGAACAGACAGAACUAUUGAUAUCCGUGUUUGGCGAAUGAUAUGGCGUCCGGCUCUUACGUUUCUUUGUGAACUACGUCUGCGUGCAUAGGGGUGUUCUAUGUUCCAUUUGGGUUGACAUCUCUCCCGCCCCCUCGGGGCUUAUCCUCUCUCUGCCGCUACUUGACGAAUCCAUAAAUACCUGCUUUCCAAUCAUGAUGCAUCGUAGUUUAUAUACUUAAAAGGUAUGUUGAAGUAUGCG